AUGGACAAAUUGAGAGAAGAAAUUGUUAAAAUGUCCAACAGUGAACCAAAUGCGUCAUUGUCAGAGUCACAUAAUUCAAUUCUUCGACAACACCUUGAUAUUAUUAUGUCUGGUCUUCAGACUACCCCCGAUCAUCCUCCUUACGCUUGGAUGAUUGAACAAGCAUUGCAGGAAUUGGACGAAGAAGAGGGCUCUGAUGAAGACUCGAUAUCUGAGUUUAUCAUAAAAAAUAAUGACAGUUUGCCAAGGGCUCAUAAGAUAAUGCUGAAACAUCUUCUGGAGAAGAUGUGUGAAAGGGGGGAAAUUGUUAUGAUUGAUGAAGGAUGGUUUUUCCUUCCUGGUGAAAGCAAACACUUGAAUUCAAAGAGUAAAGGAAAGAGCAAGAGAAGGGAGAAGGAGGAUUUGGAGCAACCAAAAAAACAGGGUCGUGGGAAGCUUGCUAAGAAAAAGGAAGGUGGGGCCAAAAAAGGUGAUGGUACAACUUCAGCAUUUUCAACAAAGGAGACAGACGAUCAGCAUGAGAGGGAUCUCAAGGUCCAGGAAGAUGGGGUUGAUCCUAGUGAUGUACUUCUGAAGGACUUGAGAUUGUCAAGAAGUAGAAAAACGAUCAAGGACUAG